AUGGCCGUCGGGGAAUACGGUGAAUGGCUUGCAUCAAAUGUGUCUGAUGAUGCUCUCAAAGCUGCAUUCCGACAAGCGUGCGAUAUCACCUUGUCAGAGGACUUUGAGCUUGCGCACUGGUUCCAUAUAGAAGAGGGCUCCGUAUGGAAGAUGAACUCAUGCAUGAACCUCAUCGGGGGCGUAUAUGGAGACUCACGGAGACCUGAUUGCUAA